AUCUGAUUUCUACUGUUCUACAACAUCAUUUUUUGAAGAGCGGAUGGAACAUCAUCGACUAGGGAUCACCGACCAAAACGCAACCAUCCAAGGUAUGUAUCGCAAUGCGCCAGCACGCAGCACAUGCGCUGCCGUCAAUUCAUGCAUUCACAGGAAUCCUACCGAUUCCGCGCCGUGACAAGAAGAGCUUCCCAACGCGUCUGUCACGGCCGCGCACGGUCACGGGCUCUCGUGUAUUCAUUCGUCCUAUCAGGCGCCAUCACAAUUCACGAUCUCCUCGAGCUCGUGAGACACAUUCAGGCAAAUGGCGGUAGCCUGUAGUUGUAGCUGCUGCUUGCAGGUGCUGCUGCUCUGGGCGGCGCUGUGGGCGGUCGCUUUAGCGGCCGUGGCCGUGCCGGCAAAGCUCAAGGCCGCACCGGCGCCCGUGGUGGCCGGGCCGGUGUCCAGGGUGGAGGACGCUAGGAUGUUCCAGAUAUACUACGGCCAGAGCUUCAAGGUCAUCAAGAACUUCGGCGACGGCAAGAGCUACCUUCUCAUGCAGAACACGUCCAAGAUGGCAUCCAAGACGAAGUACUGCACGGGGAGGAUCAAGUCAUUCGUCAUCCCCCUCGCCAACUUCUCUGUCGACACCACGGCUUCUCCAGUGUCAUUCUUUGAGCUACUUGGAGUGCUAGAAAGCUUGAAGGGAAUAACAUCAAACCAAGUUGCUUCUCAGUGUGUCCUCCAAUCGUACACCAGUGGAAAUACCCAACUUGUUAAUAGGACUGAUGCACAGACACUCUCGCAGUUUAGUGCACAAUUCAUAAGCAAUAUAGAUGACGAUAAAGGUUGCAAUUUUGCAGCAUAUGUACCCUUGGAAGAGGAUACACCAUUGCAGAGGGCUGAGUGGAUCAAGUACUUGGGAACUUUCGCAAAUUCUGAAGACAGGGCAAAUGCUGUCUAUGAUGCAAUAAAGAGAAACUACUUGUGCUUAAGCAAAGCAGCAGCAAACCUUAGCACGAGAUUCAAGCCUAUAGUAGCGUGGAUUGUAUACACACAGGGAAUGUGGACAUUCGUCAAAGAAAGUUAUGCCUUACAGUACGUCACAGAUGCAGGAGCAGAAAUUGUCGAUGCAACUAUUACAAAUAAGAGAUUUAAUAGUUCGGAUUCAGAGGAUAUGGACAACUUUCAUGCUAUUCUUUGUACAGUGGACGUGGUAAUAGAUCAGACAUAUGCUUUGGAGCCUGCAGAGUACAAACUAUCCACGUUUUUGGAGAAUAUUAAUGUUAGCCAAGACUCCUGUUUUAGUUUUGUAUCAAACCGCAGCAUAUGGAGGUUUGACAAAAGGAUAGGAGUUUCUGGGACACUUGAUUGGUAUGAUGGAGCUAUCUCCCAGCCUCAGUUGGUUCUUGGAGAUCUAAUAGAAGUUUUCUUCCCAACGGGGAACUACACAACAAUUUACUUCAGGAACCUUGCAAAGGAAGAAGGGGUCACUGAGAUUGGCCCUGAAAUGUGCACCAGGAGCAUGUCCGCACCCAUGGAGCCUAUAACCCUGCCCUGCCAAUGAUGAGCCCAGAUGAACACAAAGACUUUUCAAGCUUUAAGUUACUAGUUGAUAGAAUCACUUUUCAAGCUCUAAGUUACUAGUUUUCAAGCUUUAAGUUACUCGCAUACAGUGGCAACUAGUUGAUAGAAUCACUUUAAGUUACUGACAAACUGAUCUGAACAGAAGGUUUGCAACACGGAUUAGAUUACACAGUUGAGAAAGAUA